CAUGCUUGCGAUUGUCGAUGCCGUUAUUUGUGACACGACAGUCACUGCCCUCAAGAGGAUGUAUUGCGUAACAUCCAUAACAACGCUGAAACCGCACGGAGGUAUGAAGGGUAGUCCCGGAGAAAACGUUUGGUACGGACGGACGAAUUUCGUCUGGAUCCGGAGUGGGGUCAGCGGACAUCCCCCCUUCCACUCCUACCAUCAUCGGCAGACCCUCGUUAUUGGCGAGAGCCAGCUCCUCCGAAGUGGUGAAGGGCGGUGGACCGGUCCCCCUCCCAGUCGCUACAGAGGUGGAGGUUUGACCGCCUGCACCAUGAGGACGCUGUGGAUACGAUUGACCUGGAGGAAGAGCUUACCUUCCAUGGACGAGGAGCUGGUUGGUCUAAACACGAGCCGCCUUCGGACCUCCACCGCCGGAUCCCCCAGCUGUCCUCCACCGCCGGGACCGUCUCCUCCAGGACCUCCACCGGGCCGACCGCCUGGUCCUCCACCGCCGGGACCGUCUCCUCCAGGACCUCCACCGGGCCGACCGCCUGGACCUCCGUAACGUCGCCUCAUUUCUUCUGAAAUGUGA